AACAUUCAAUCAUGGCGUCCUCCUGUCCGCCAACAGGCAACGUGAUCCUUCGAUAAAAUGAGAAAGUUUGUCUUCACUUAGACAACAAAAGUCUUUAUAUUUUAAAAUUAGCCAUCCUGCAUUCUACAUUCUACAUUAUCUGCAUUCUGGGACCUUUUUCUGUUCCGAGGCUCUUCUGAAAGCACCAUAUAGAUGGCGUCAUUCAAACCCACAAAAAUCCCGGUUUAUCCAAAACUCGGAGAAAAGGUCACGCAGGACACACUUUACUGGAAAAACUACAAGGCACCUGUCCAGAUAAAAGAAUUUGGAGCAGUCUCAAACAUAGACUUUUCUCCUGUGGCUCCACAUAAUUAUGCUAUAACUGCCUUUACAAGAAUCCACAUCUAUGGGCCCUGCUCCCAAGAGCCUGUCAAGACAUUUACCCGAUUCAAGGACACGGCUUAUUGUGGCAGAUUCAGGUCAGACGGCCAGCUGCUUGUGGCAGGAUGCGAAGACUCGGUUGUCCGACUGUUUGAUGUCAGCGGCAAGGUGGCGCUAAGGAUGUUUAAAGGGCACACAAAGGCUGUACAUGUCACUGACUUCACCUCAGACCGUUACCAGAUCUUCACCGGGUCCGACGACUACACCUGCCGACUGUGGGACAUCCCAAAUGCAGCUGAGCUCACCACCUACCAGGAACAUACAGACUACAUUCGCUGUGGUGUUGCCAGCAAACUCAACAGAGAUCUCUUCAUUACCGGAUCAUAUGACCACACUCUGAAAGUGUUUGAUGCCAGAGCAGAUAAGAGUGUGAUGACCAUGGAGCACGGGCAGCCGGUGGAGAGCCUCCUUCUUUAUCCCUCUGAGGGACUCCUCGUCUCAGCAGGUGGGCGCUAUGUCAAAGUGUGGGAUUUAUUGAAAGGAGGUCAGCCCCUGGUGUCCCUGAAAAACCAUCAUAAGACCGUCACCUGUUUGGCUCUCAGCAGCAAUGGACAAAGACUGCUCUCUGCAUCUCUGGACAGGCAUGUGAAGGUCUACAACACAACCAGCUAUAAAGUGGUCCACAACUUUGACUAUGCUGCUGCAAUCCUCAGUCUGGCUUUGGCUCCGGAUGAUGAGUCCAUUGUUGUGGGAAUGACCAACAGUAUUCUGAGCAUCAAACACAGAAAACACACCGAAGAGUCAAUGGAAAUAAUGAGCCAACAGAGGCGGCGUCCGUCGUAUCGUGUCUUUGUGAAAGGGAAAAAUUAUGUCCCAAAACAAGAUGAUUAUCUUGUCAGCAAGCCAGUUAAAGAACAUUUGGCCAAAUAUGACAGGCAGCUCAAGAAAUUUAACGUAUCCAAAGCUUUGGAUACAGCCUUGGAGACGUGGUUUAGAUGGAGGAAGCCAGAGAUAACUGUGGCUGUAAUGAAAGAGCUGAAUCGCAGAGGAACUCUAAAGAACGCACUAGCAGGAAGAGAUGAGGAGCAGCUCUCUCGGUUACUCCACUUCGUCAUCGGAAAUGUGGUCGACACCAGGUUCGCCCCCAUUCUCGUAACUGCAGCGGAGAUGAUCCUUGACAUCUAUAAGUCUGUGAUUGGUCAGUCGGUGCUGAUCGACCGGCAGCUGCUGCGCCUGCAGAACUUGCUGGAGACAGAGAUCAACUUGGAGCGGGAGCUUCUUGAGGUCCUGGGAAUGUUGGACACCAUGUUUGCCACCUCCAUCGCCCGUAAGGAGGUGCCGACCUCCGACAUUGGCAGAUAUAAUGGCCUGGCUCAGGGAGAAGUGAGCAGCUCGAGACCAGAGCUUCAAGUCACCUGAGAUCGACUGAGAGGAAGAACUGAUUUUAGACUGUGUUAGGGUGAUUUUUAUAAAAUCUCGAUUGGAGGCAUCAGAAUCGUUUUCUGUGUAUAAACAUCACCAAACAAAAUUUUUUUUAUCAGAUCUGUGUUGUGUCCCACAUUUUUGCCCAGUGAUAGAUAUGAGGUUCAUAUGAUAUGAGGCUGCUAUUUGUUAUAGAGCAAAGUCUUUUAUCAUUAAACAAAGAUCUUUUGACUGAACUAA